AUGUUACGUACUGCAUUUCAUCAAAUUGAUACAAAUCAUAAUGGUUAUAUAACCGGUAGUGAAUUGCGUCAAUGUCUUCUACGUUCAGGUAUUCCUUGUGAUGAUUUUGAAAUUCAACGUGUUUUAUCAAGAAGGGAUUAUAAUCGAGAUGGACGAGUCAGUUAUGAUGAAUAUAUGAGAUUUAUGUCACGCAUCUAUCGAGGUGAAAUGCCAUGA